AUGUAGACGAGGAUUAAGCUCUGUACAAGGUGCGCAAGCCGCACGUCUUUGUGACGUGGCAGUGGGGAGGUGAGGUGGCGACGAACGGUCAGCCAGGGUUAGUUGCUGUCCGCCCCUACCUGAAGUGUGUUGUGAUGGAUCACUGGAUGUAAUAUUUAUUCAAGACUUGGGAUUAUUGUAUUAUGCUGUUUAUGAAUCCAACUACUGGUUCGGAAAGUUCAUGGAGGCAAUCCAUAUGCGGCUGGAGCUACCGUUGUAAGCCGAGGGUCAUUAUCCACUCAUCUACCUGUACAUUAGCGGCGCCAGACAAGCCGAUCAAGAUAUAUAGUUUGGAAGGCCGCCAGCCAGCGCCCACCAGCGGCCCCAGUGCCCCUUGUGCCUUCACUUGCGGCGUCCCCUCUCCCCUAUCCUCCUCAAAGUCCUUCAGCAUGUCAGGCGCCAUGUUCGACCAGGAUUCCAGGGUGAUCCAGAGCGCCUUCCUGCACGCCAUCCAGCACUACAGUCAAAACACCGCGGGCAGGAGGCUUCAGCUUCACGCCUUUGUGGGCAUCAUCAGUAUGGCGGAUGCCUUCAAGAUCUCCAGGCUGACAUACAUAUUAAGCAUCAGCGAAACCUUCUAA